AUGAUGGAUGAUGAUAAUGAUUAUAAUACAAUGAAAAAUUCAAAUGAUAAUAAUUUGAAAAAAACCAAAAAAAACAGUAUAAUAAAAAAGAAAAAAAAGAAAAAGAAAAAAGAGAUUUUAGAAAAUAAAGAUAGUAAUAUAGAUAACUUAAAAAAUGAAAAUUAUAGAAGCGAAUCAGAAGCAGAAAGUGAAAGUACUAAUGACAGUGUUUCAUUGAACAAUAUAGAAGAAGAUAACGAAUUAAAUGAAAAUAGCGAAAAUAAUGAAAAUAACGAAAAUGACGAAGAUAAUAAAAAUAAUAAAAAUAAUGAAAAUAAUGAAAAUACUUCAAGUGAAGAAAUUUGUGACCAUGAUAAAAAUGAUAAAACAUACACAGACGAAAUAAAAAGUAAUAACAGUGAUCAUAAUAAUAACAAUUCAAAAGAACACUUUUAUAGUGAAUUAAAAUUUGAAGAAUUAAAUAUAUGUGAUGCAUUAAAAAAAGGUUUAAAAGAAUUAAAUUUUGUUACAUUAACAGAAAUUCAAGCUAAAUGCAUUCCUCAUUUUUUAAGUGGAAAAGAUAUUUUAGGAGCUGCUAAAACGGGGUCCGGAAAAACAUUAGCUUUUCUUGUACCUUCAAUAAAUAUAUUAUAUAAUAUAAAAUUUUUACCUAAAAACGGUACAGGUGUUUUAAUAAUAUCACCCACUAGAGAAUUGUGUCUUCAGAUUUAUCAAGUUUGUAAAGAUUUAUGUAAAUAUAUACCACAAACGAAUGGAAUAAUUAUUGGUGGUAUGAGUAGAAAUGAAGAAAAAAAAAAAUUUAUUCAUGGAAUAAAUAUUUUAAUAGCAACACCAGGAAGAUUAUUAGAUCAUAUGCAAAAUACAAAAGAAUUUAUUUAUAAAAACUUAAUAUGUUUAAUCAUUGAUGAAGCUGAUAGAUUGUUACAAAUUGGAUUUGAAGAAGAAAUUAAUUUAAUUAUAAAGAGGUUACCAAAAAAAAGACAAACAGCCUUAUUUUCAGCAACACAAACUACAAAAGUAGAAAGCUUAAUUAGACUUUCUUUACAAAAACCAAUAUUUAUAGAAGUUACUACAAAAAUUGCAACCGUUGAAAGAUUACAACAAGGAUAUGCUUUAGUUGAUGAAGACAAAAGAUUUCUUUUAUUAUUUACAUUUCUUAAAAAAAAUAUGUCUAAAAAAAUUAUGGUCUUUUUUAAUAAUUGCAUGUCAGUUCAAUUUUACAAUGACUUACUUAAUUAUAUUGAUAUACCUACAUAUUGUAUACAUGGAAAAAAAAAACAAAAUAAAAGAUUAAAAAGUUUUCAUGAUUUCUCAGCUGCAAAAUGUGCCAUCUUAUUAUGUACAAAUGUAGCUGCUAGAGGUCUUGAUAUACCAAAUGUUAAUUAUAUAAUACAGUAUGAUCCACCUGAUGAUUCCAAAGAAUAUAUACAUAGAGUUGGAAGAACAUGUAGAGGACAAGAUUCAAAUGGAUCAGCCAUUAUUUUUCUAAUGAAACAUGAAUUGAAAUUCUUAAAUUAUUUAAAGUUUUAUAAUAUACCAAUAAAUCAAUUUGCUUAUGACCCAAACAAACUUAUAAAUAUACAAUCCCAUAUACAAUCUAUUGUAACCAAAAAUUUUCAUCUGCACAAGAUGGCAAGAGAGGCAUUCAAAUCAUAUUUGAACGGUUAUAUAACUUAUGCAUUAAAAGACGUAUUCGAUGUGAACAACCUGAAUCUCCUUUUGACUUCCAAAAAUUUUGGAUUAGAAGUUCCACCAAAAGUUGACUUAAAUUUAAAAUUAAAUGUCAAAAAAAAAAAAUUUAAAUAA